AUGUCGCCGAACACCGAAGCUGGCACUUCGAGCCGGCCCGCCGCGCCUUCCGGCAGCGCAUCCUCUCGCUCCGCCGUGACGCUCCGCUUCCGCCUAGCGCUGCUCUGGAUCCUCUUCUCCGCAGCCAACUACGGGUAUGGAAUCUCGGAGCUUAACGCGCUGCAGCCCAUACUGACGUGCCACCCGCGCGAUCCGAGCUCGACCGUGCUGCUCUCCACCGGGUGCAUCCCGCUGUCUGAGAGCCAGUUCGGCCUCGUCACUUCGCUCUUCACCCUCGGUGGGCUGGUGUCGUCGUUCCUCAUCUCGCCCAUCUCGAAGCACUUUGGAUGGGGGAGGCAAACAUGCAUCACGUGCUCGGCCAUCGCGGGUGUCGUUGGCAGCAGCAUCCUCGGCGUCUCCUCAACGCUGCCCGGCCUCGGCCUCGGUCGAUUCGUCCAGGGUGUUGGGUCCGGAAUUGGCGUGGUGAUGGUACCGAUCUUCCUGAACGAAGUGUCGCCCGUCGCUCUCAAGGGCUCAGUCGGCGUGCUAAAUCAGCUCUCGAUUGUCGUAGGCAUCUUUGUGGCGCAAGCCAUCGGGGCCAGCUGGCUGGGCAGCGACGAGAGGUGCUGGCGAACAGUGCCGCUGGUGUCGGGAGUGCUGUCGGCAUUGCAGCUGCUCGGGUCGUUCACGGUCGGUCUUGAGUCGCCGGGAUGGCUGGAGGGAGAAGGAAGGAGGAAGGUCGGAGGCGCGGCCGCGGACAGGGCAGACGAGGUAAGAGCGCUUCUGUGGUCGGCAAAGGAGCUGCAGGGAUGGAGGGAAAGUAGGACCGCACCUCGCAGCACCGGCAGAGACGAGGAACGACAAGGCCUCCUGGCUGCCGAAUCGGACGCCGAUGAACCCACACGCGAGGCUUCGCAAGUUGGCCUUUCGGGCCUCUUCCGCGACCCAGACGUUCGCCCUGGUGCGGUUCUCGUCAUCCUCACCCAGCUUGGCCAACAGCUGAGCGGUAUCAACGCCGUCUUGUACUACAGCGUGGGCAUCCUGGGGUCGAUCCUGCCUGCUCUGGCCGGGUCGAUCGGCAUCCUUAUCACGCUCAUCAACAUCGCCAUGACAUUCCCGCCCAUGCUGCUCAUCGACGAGCACCGCGUUGGUCGCAAAAAUCUCAUGGUCGGCUCGGCUCUCGUCAUGGCCGUCGCCUCGGCCCUGCUUGGCGCCGGCAUCGUAUAUGGCAUGCGAUCCCUCAGCGCCAUCUGCAUGGUCCUCAUGGUCGCAGGCUUCUCCUUCGGCCUAGGCCCGGUCCCAUUCGUGAUUCUCCCAGAACUCGUGCCUUCCAGAGCGGUCUCAACAACAACCUCGUUGGGAUUGACGCUCAACUGGACCGCCAACUUUGUCGUCGGCUCGGCGUUUCUCCCGCUCAAAAACUGGCUUGCCAACUUCGACGCUGGCCACACAGGCGGCGCCGUCUUCUGGAUCUUCUCUGCUUCCAACCUCGCCACCGCCCUUAUCGUGGCUCGCAUGUACUCCUACCGCCCCGAAUAG